CAUAAGCACAGACACACACACCUAAAAUCAUCAUGAGGGAGGGAGCUGCCUGGUUAAUGCUUGAUACAGCCGCACACUGAUGUCUGGGACUAUGACAAGCAGCAACUCCUCAAAUUUCAACUCUGACCUUAAGGAUUGCAGCGAAACAGUGAGUGAGGGAGAGAGGGACACAAAAGCAGAGGGAGGUGGGCUGGAGGUCGUCUUGUUUUAGUCAGGCAGGGAGGGCUAGCCUAGUUUAGAGACAGCCUUGGUAUGCUUUAGCCAAGCCACCUACGCACCAUCGAUCAAUGCUGUCUGGAGAAUGUCUGCUGUAUUUGCAUCUGUCCUUUUAUGAAGACGAGGUAAAGCAACUCAACAGGAGAGAGAUAUUGGACUGCCUGCUCAGAGAAUCCAGCUCCACAUGCAGAAGUCAGACUCGGAAAGCACAGGGCAAAGAAGGUAAAGUGAAACGGGACAAAAGUGAGCAAGGAGCAAGAUUCCAGUAGUUGAGCUGCAGUCAGACGGAGCCAGUGGAAUGGACCUAGGUGCCAGCUGGAUUAAUCCCCACGUGCCUGCAGUGCUGUCUGAGGAGGAGGGCUGAGGACUCCUGCAGCAACAGCCAACUCCUGAAUGAGGAUGAAUGGAGAUGUUCUUUAGCUAGGUUUCAAAAAGCACCUGCCAAAUCCACCCCGAGUGAGCCGGGACUCCGCAAAGUCCACAGCCGACGGAGGUGGAGAGGAGCCAGGGGGUCCGGGGCACUAGCAGUGCCGCUGCCCCAGACGAGCGGCGUGGGAGCACGCAGGACAGCGACAGCGACAGCGACAGCGAACGGGGGUCGGGAAGGGGAGAGGUGGCGGGCGGGGGGCGCCGCAUGGCCGUGCAGAGGCUGGUGGCUGCGGCGGUGGCAGUGGCCCUGCUGUCCCUGGUCGUCAACAAUGUCGCUGCCUUCACGCCCAGCUGGGUCCUGCAAAGUCUGGAGAACGGACGCAGGCGGAGUGUGGGGCUGUGGAGGAUGUGCCCGCCUGGUGAAGUAGGUGCACAGAAGCAGUGUGAAUCCAUUGGAUGGGGCUCUGAUUACGCAGGGCACCAAGAAUCCCGCAGCACCGUCAAAUUGCAGUUUGACAUGAUGCGAGCAUGCAACCUGAUGGCAACCGUGGCCCUGACUGCCGGUCAGCUGAUCUUCCUCCUUGGCCUGCUGGAGCUGCCUUUCAUCACCCAGGAAUCCCAGUGGUGGGAGGAGGCCAUCGCCGCACUCUUUCAAUUAGCCAGUUUUGUGCUGUUGAUCGGACUUGUGACCUUUUACAGGAUUGGACCCAACACGCAGCUGGCCUACUCCUGCUACUUGGACAUCACUGCUUGCCUGCUGGCCACGGUUGCUGCGACCUUGCUUAUCUGGAACAUUUUACACCGUCGUGACGACCGUCUCGCGCCUCGAGUUAUUAUCAUCAGCAGCUCGCUAUCAUCACCUUUACACUCACGAACAAAUAACGACUACGUCGAGUCACCUUGCUGAGCCAUGGAACCUCACAGGCCAAGUAACGCAGUACAUCGAUAAUACUGUGCUGUUGAAUAUUCACACCAGGUGCUUAUGACGUUGCUAGGCAAGAAGGACACUCUUGUUGCUCUACAAUGGCUGGUCUAAUAUAUGCCUGCAAUUGUAUUUCACAAUUUCUCCUACUAUAAACAAGGAAGUGAUCAGUAUUUUAAAGCUUAGAACAUAAAAGUCAUAGAAGUCAUAGAAGCUUCUAUAAAAUAGGUCUAAUGCUCUAUUUUUUUAUGGUGGGCUGAGCUAACUAGUAGAUAAAUAUAGAAUUUGGACUGGGAAUCUUUGAAACAUCCUCCUCAUGCAACGAUCAAGCUGGAACUUGACCUAGUCUUUAUAUGUGCAAAUUAACAUUGCUCCUCUAUUAUUUUUAAUUCGAAAUUAUAAAUAUUUAAAAUAUGAUAACAGAAUACCUCAUUUGUUUUGAUCCAUUUAGAGCUUCCUACAAAUAUAAUCUAUAAAUACAGUCCAUUUUAUUGGUAUGUUGGAAAUUCAAAUUCAACAUAAUCUUCUCCAAAUGAAUAUUAUUUUAUGAGCCUCUGCCACAUAUAUAAUUUUAAUCUGAGAAAAGGAAAAUAAAAAAAGACAAGUGACCUGCUCAUAAUGUAUGAGACUUGAUUUGAAUGAUGAACUGCAUUUUUAUAACAUACACUUCAGUAUUUAUAUUAGUAUUUCAUGGCGCUUUCCAUAUGAAACUCUGCUCGCUUGUGGUACAAACCUGUGUAUACGUAUUGUAUAAAUUAAUAUAAUAUAGUUUUGUAAAAAGCAGUGCUAUCAUUAGUAGUAGUAGUAUUGUGAACAUAUCCUUUCCCAAGAACUGUGUGGUGGAGAGUGGUGUCUGUGGAUUUCCCACACAUAGAAGGGCACAUACAAUAAUAAUAUAUGAUGUAAAUUCAAUAAAUCUAUUGGUAAUGAAA